AGAUGAGCGAGUGUGAUGUACCUGCUGCAAAGAGGGCAAGACGAGCAGAGUCAGAGCAAGGGGAAGAAGAGGGAACAGUACUGCUCACUCUAGAACACUUACCAGUCGAGCUGCUAUGGGAUAUCCUCAUCCUCUCUGUAUCACCUUCUCUCCCUUUGGUAUCACACAGGCUACACUCAGUAUGUAACUCCGCACCGCCGUCCAUAAGAGCAAGAUACAUCCUCUCAUCAUUCCUUGCUCUCUCUCCCACCUCUCAGCCAACAUCCCCCGACCCACCAUCCAUCCCUUCUCCAGCACCUACUCCCUUCCGUUCUGCACAAAGUAAAUGGAUCUACGCACACGCACUUCUCUUCCCCAUAUGCACACUUCCCGUCUUCCUAGCGCUGGAACGGAUAUGGGCACAAGUCUCCCCCUUAGAAGGGAGCGAACCUGAAGCAAGUCAAGACGGCGCUGGUGCCAAGACUAGGAACGGGAAUGGGACUGGGAGUGGUGCACCCGCACGCCCUGUAGUAGACCUCGAUUCCGAGAUGUGGACUCUUCCCAGAAGAAUCUUCCGCUCUCUCCCAUCCCUCUCCAGCCCCUCUCCAUCCAACCGUCUCUCUCCACCAGGGACAUCCGACCCCUACCCCUUACUCGCACACAUCCUCCCCCUCUACCCGUACAACACCUCCUCCCACCUCGGUUACCCGCUCAGCAUGUCCGUCCGCGCUGGCCACCUCCCGCUUAUCCGGCUCCUCCUGGAGCGAGGGGCGAACCCGGCGUUGAAGGACUCGCUAGCGGUGAGGAUCGCUAUCGCGAAACGGGAUUUGGGACUUGUGAGGCUUCUCGUGGAGCGGGAGGAUGCGUGUUCCCGGAGAGAGGGAUGGGGGAAGAAGAGGAAGAGGAGGAGAUUGAGUGAUCGGGUGCAGGUGGAUCCGGGCAUGUUACAGCUUGCGGUCAAGCUUGACGCUAGGGAUAUCGUGCAGUAUCUGAUGGAGAGGGGGUGCGUGCCGGAUAUGAAGACGCUUAGGAUGGUUAGAUGAUGACUAUGCUAUGCUAUGU